AUGUGACUCGGAUCCAUCCCGACAAGACAACUAUAUCCAAAACCGAAUCCAUGUCGUGUCAAAUUCCUACUUCCUACGCAAACCCAAAAUCCCCCUCCGUCAAUAACCGUUAACUUCCCAAAACUAUAAUCUUUCUUUGUGGUUCUCACUCUCUUAACUUCGUCAACAUCUUCCUUCCCUUAUGCCAUUGCACACGCUUUAGCUUUCCCAAAUUAGUCUUUAAAUCCACACCUUUUCUUUUUCCUUGCCAGAAAAAAAAAUGGGUUGCUGUUACAUUCGUUUUUCAUGCUGAAAAUUACAUAAAGUUUUGAUUUUUAUUUCUGGGUUUUCAAGAUGUGGAGUAGAUGGCGUAUUGGGUUAUUGAGACAAAGGGUGUGUUCUGUUACGAAUGGAAAUCAUGGUUAUGUUGGAAAGGUUCAUCCUUUUGAUCCUUUUUUGUUCAAUUUGAAGGGUUUCAAAAUGGGGUAUGCUUAUGGUGAGAAGAGAAAAGGGGUUACAUAUUUUUCAGUUGUUGUGAAGAACCAGAUGAAGAGAGGUGUUUCUUCUUCAUCUUCUGUUUUUUCACCUGCUGGUAAGCGCAAUUCUGGUUCACCAGAUGAUAAUGGUGAGAAGAAAGAUGAGAGUAUAUCUUUUGGUGAGGCUAAGAAGCUUAUGAGAUUGGUGAAUGUGGAAUCUCUUAAGAUGAAACUUGGUAUGGGAGGGAAAGAGGUUAUUGCUUAUAGUGAACUUGUUGAAGCUUGUGAGAGUAUGGGGGUUGCUAGGAAUCAUGAUGAGGCUUCUCAAUUUGCUAAGGUUCUUGAUGAAGCUGGUGUUAUUCUUCUUUUUCGCGACAAGGUUUAUCUUCAUCCUGAUAAGGUGGUUGAUCUGGUUAGAAGAGCCGUCCCGCUAGCACUGACCGAAGAGAGCGAUCCAAUUAGGGAGGAGUUACAGAAGCUUCUGCAAAAGAAGGAAGAAAUCGACAUGUUGGCGCAUAAGCAGAUGCGCCGCGUCCUAUGGUGUGGACUUGGUUUCGGAGUAGUCACCGUGAGUCUAUUCUUCAGGCUAACAUUUUGGGAGUUUUCAUGGGAUGUAAUGGAGCCAAUUACAUUCUUCACAACAACUACUGGUUUAGUCAUUGGCUAUGCCUACUUUUUAUUCACAUCAAGAGACCCUACAUACCAAGAUUUCAUGAAGAGACUCUUCAUUUCAAGGCAAAGGAAGCUUUAUAAGAGGUAUGACUUUGAUGUAGAGAGAUGCAAGGAGCUUCAACACUUGUGUAAAAUACCUUUAGAUGCUAAAUCCAUUUUGAAAAAGCGAAUAGGAGUCGAUCUCGAUCUCGAUGAUGCUUUACACAAGGAUUAACAUUUUUCUUAUUGAGUUGAUUUUGUUCACCCCCCUCUAUUUUCACAUUGGUGGGGGAGAGAAGCUUAUUCUAACUUAUGUUAUGGCUUGUGACUUUUGAGCCACCAUUUUUCUUUUCCAAUUGUUGUAUGUACUUUUAAAUACAGAAGAUGAUUACAUGUUGUUCCAUUUGUUGAUAGCAUAUUGUUGUUUUACAUGUCACAUGAGCAAGGAUGAAUCAAACCUUGUAAGAUUUGUUCCA